AUGGACUCGAGCACCUAUCUCUCCGCUAUGAAGAGCGAAAAACUGAAGGACUCGUCACAAUGGCAGUCGUGGCACCAGCGAGUGAAGGUAUUCGCUCAACGCAGAGACAUUUGGGAUCUCUGCAACCCCGAUGCGGACGAAUUGCAUCGUCCAGAGGCUCUCAGAGAGCCUAUUGCAGCUGACUACCCUGAUGAUGGGUCUCAGGAAGACAAGCGAGACUGGAGAGACCGCCUCGAAGUCUAUAAAAUCAAGGCAAACCGCUGGGAUAGACAGCGCAAAAGCCUAAAUGAGAUUGAUGAUCUUAUCGUCAACUCUCUGGAUGCAUCACUCCGUGAUGCAGUUUUGAAGUGCGAAACACCGUACGACCGUCUAGUAUAUCUCAGCAAGAGAUUCGCUAGAUCUGAAGCGUAUACUGAAGAAGUACGCAUGCAAUGGAGAGCUUUGUCAACCCAAAAGCCGACCGGAGAUGUCGAAAAAUGGCUGAUCUCAUGGGUGGAGCUAUAUGAGCGAGCAGUCAGUCUCAAAAUCAUUGAAACUGCCAACGCAAAUAAGGACUUACUGCAAGCCGUGAAAGAGGUCUUACCAAUCUGGUGGCAAGCCAAAUUCCAAGAGAUCGUGAUGGAGAAAGCAUCGAUAGAGACUCAAAGUCUGAUCGAGUCCUUCCGAUCGACAUAUCGUGAAAUUGGACCUAAUAUAGCGUUGCCACCGGCGGCAGCACUGAAGGGGACUCAAAAGGCAAAUUGGACGACACGCCUUUUGAGGCAAGACCAUGCCCGUGUGGAAUCAAAUUCCACAAACCCGCCAAUUGCUACACUCUGA